AUGUUACAAAAUGACACGGACGAAUAUGGAUUGAAUGGAAUGAGUUUUGUUUCUGUUCAGUGCCCAGACUCUACCUAUUGUCAUCGAACUCCUCGUGUGCUCAAUGUGAAUGGUGACACUUAUGUUGAAGUUGAUUCAGAUCCAAAUUCAUGUCAAGCUGAUAAAUUCCAAUACACUGCUAGAACCGCUUCAGGAAUUUCACGAAAUGCUGACGUUUAUAUUGAAUUCAAGAAUUGCAUGUGUAAGAGUAAGAUUGAUUUCAUGUUCGUGAUUGAUGCAUCAGGAUCCAUUGGUUGGGACAAUUUCCAAAAGAUUCGUGCUUUGGGUCAACAAAUUGUCUCUCGCAUGCAAUUGGGUGAAGAUGCCAUUAAGAAUACCUUUGUGAAUAUGCCCUAUGAGGCUGGAUGGACUGCUCAAUUGGCUGGUAUUCGUGAAGCAUUUAAUGAAUUGGCACGAAAUGGAAGAACAGACGCUGAGAAAGUCAUGUAUAUCUUGACAGAUGGUCUUGCAAACAUACCAUGUUCGUGUGAUGCUUGUUCUUCAUUCUGGAGCACCAAACCAAGUCUUUAUCCCUACACCGUUGGAACUUUAAUUAUUGACAAUAACCAGCUCAGCAACACACAAAAGCAACAAGCUUAUCAAAAUCAAUGCAAUUAUCAAUUUCCUUACACUCCCGGAGAUCCAAACAACUUUGCAUUCUAUCCUUAUUCUUGUUCACAAUGUUCAUGGGAUGAUUAUUCAAGUAGUUGCUUGCCUUGUGCAGAUGCUAUACCAGUUGCUCAAAAGAUCAAUAGUUGGAAGAAAAAUUCUGCUGGAGUGAUUCCAUCUGAUCCAGACAAUCCAUUCAAUCGUUACAACGUUCAAUGGAAGAUCAUUGCCAUGGGUGUUGGUGAUGCAUUAAGUAAUCCAUUAGGUUCUCGUGAAUUGAGAGGAAUGAAUUACAAUGCCGAUCGAACCAUCAAUGUGCCAUGGGAUGAUUUACAAAAACUUUUCUGA